UAGAAUAAUAACAGUUCAAAGACAAUGCACAUUUUAAAAGUUUUUGGAAAAACACUGCUAACUUGUUUGAACAAUGUAUUAAAGUGCCUGUUUGCUGUUUCCCCCAAUCUAAUUCAGUUUUCAUUUUUGUUAGCAUUGGUCAAUUUUUCCAGUUGAUGGAGAUUUACAAAUCCUAAUCUGUCGUUUAUUGAACUAUCUAUCCCUAUUGGCUUUGCAAUAUACUGCAGCACUGCUAAAUAUGCUAUACAUUUCUUCAUCUAGGCAGUAGAUACCAUUUUUCCCCCCAUAAAAAUAGGCUAAAGACAGAGUCCAAAAGACAGCCGUACAGAUCAUGUUGACAUGUAUCAAUUUAUCAAUACUCUUUGGAUAUUUUUCUUGGAGCUCCAAAGCCAGCUUUAUUAAUAUUCUGAUUAUGACUAAUCAAAGAGUACCGAAGUCACCUAACUCUAGUAUCUUAGCCUACUUUUCUCCAUCUUGUUCACAAGGAUUUAAUAGAAAAGUUUCUUAAAUGUAGUACUGAGGGAUGAUUUAUCUUUGGCAUUUUCCUCAUCGUUCUCAGUAACUCUUGAGGACACAGGCUAUAUCUUACACAUUCUUGUAUAUCAGAGUCUAGCACAAAACUUGCUUGGUAAAUAGUACAUAGUAGAUUCCCAAUAAAGGUUUGAAUGAUAUGCUUAAUUUGGCACAAACUUAAUGAAUCUCUGUUGUCUCACCAUACACACCGCUUUCCAAGCCAUCAAUAGACAUGUAUGUUCAUUCAGAAAUGGCAAAACGUGUAAUGGAAAGAGCAUGUUUUGUAACUGGAAGUCAUGAGUUUAAGUAAGUCCUUCCUGGCAUUGCAAUUUACAAACUGGUAAUUUUGUGUAAUUCCAGGCCUUACUCGGUUUGUUCACUUACAAAAUGGUGAUAACCCAUCUUCAUUUUCUUGACUUUUUAAAAACCCUGUAAUAACUUUCUACUGCACUCAAGAGAAAGUCCAACCCUUUCACAUGCAUUAUAAAGAAUUUUGUGAUACAGUCCCUGCUCAAUUCUGCACUAUCACUAUGCUAACAAUCUAAUCUCUCUUUCACCUCAGGGCCUUUUGUACAAGCUGUUUGUUUAGUCCCAGAAUGCUCUUUCUUGCACUCUUAUAUGUCGACUACUCCUAGCAGUGAUACUAGCAAUGUCAAUAGCUACAACCUAUUGGAAUUCUUACUAAACAUGGGACACUUUAUUAGUUUAUACUUUAUGAAAUAAGUACUAUUGUUAUCUGUUUCACAUAUAAGGCACAGAGAAGUGAAGCAACUUACCCAGAGUAACACAGCUAUCAAGUACAGGUACUGGGUUACAAACUCAGAGCUGUCUGAAUUAAAAGUGGAAAUUCUCAACUCCUGCUAUUAAGGUACCAACUUUAUCCACCAAGUAUAACAUCUGUAAGAUCUUCGAAUAGUCAAUGUGAUAGGUUAGCAGUUAAGACAUUGGUUUAUAAUCACUGGUUUACUUUCUGCUUUCUUGACCUAGGAUAAAUAAGCCGUUUGAACUCAGACAAGACUGCAUCUUGUAUACUAUUGCAUCCCCAACACCCAGUAUAGUUCCUGGUACACGUAAUGGGCAUUAAUAAAUAUUUGUUGAAUAAGUAAAUAUGGGAAAAUGUUUUUAAACAAAGACAUAACACAAUGUUAUUAUUUUCUAAUUUAACUAAGGAAUAUCACCAGGCUUACCACUUUGUGGUCUAUGGAAUCCAGUUUUUCUCUUUUUUGCAGUAUGGCACACUUGCUUACGUCUGUUCUUCUGUAACCUGUUUGAAAACACUGCCAACAAACAUCCCCCCUUAACAAAUAAAAUACAGCCUUUGAGAAAAUCUUUUAGAAGGAUACAAACUAAAACGUUAAAAUUAUUUUCCCUUCAUAGCAAUUCUUGAAAAUUCCUGAAUUUUUUUUUUUUAAUAUAGCAGAGCACAUCAGAGAUCGCUUUGGGAAAAAUUAUCUUUUAGAAAUGAAUUUCAAAUGAAGACAGGCUGAUUGGAGAAAAGCAACCUAGCACAUUUAUGCAUAAAACCUUCCCGUGCUGCCUAAGCAGUGUUGUCAGCAGGUGGCAUCUUAUUUUCCAUAUUUUACUGAAGGCUUUCAGUAACAGAGAAAACAGGCGCUGCACUGAGCAAAAGGUUUGUGUAUAUCAACCUUUUUUCGUUCAAUUUUUUGAUAAAACGUCCAGAAGUCAAAGUAAUAAUCAAUCUUGUAGUUCUCAUCAUCUUCAAAAGAUAGGAAAAAAACCUGGAUGGUGAAAAAAGCGGGAAAGGAAGUGUGGCAAGCAGGAUGAAACUAUUCUUCAAAUAGAGCACGGGCUUGGGUUCCGUUCCCAGGUGCGGCGCCUCAAAUUGACCGUUUGAAUUCUGUUAAUUUUGUCCUUUCCAUCAAAAAUUGGCACCUGGCUUUAUAAAAGUAUACACAAAAAAGGAAAGUAGUCGUCUGGUGAGAACGUCACCACCCGAAUCAGCCUCUGGGAACGCCACCACCGACCUCCGGUCCUACCGCCGCCGGCUCGCGGGUGCCCCGGGGGCCGGACGCCAGGCAAGGCAUCCCCUCGCGUUCCCGCUACCCACAAGCCCCCGCGCCUCGGCGCGCAUGCGCAGCGGCGACGGUCGUCUCAGGAAGAGGAAAAUGGAAUAAACAACUCGGAGGAACCAGAGCGCGAGAGAGCGAGUGGAGGCAGAAUUUAAAAAUAAACCGGCCCCUCCGCCCUCCCCACCCGUUCGCGGCCGCCGCUCUCCCUCCCCUAGCCUGCGCCCUCGAAGUCCCCGUCUGGGCCCGGGCGCCCACCCCGUCGUCCCGCGCGGCCCCUUUAAGAAAAGAGAACGAGAGUGAGUGAGAGAGAAUCCCAACUCUCCCCCUCCCCUCCCCUCCUUUUUACCCCCUCCUCCCUCCCCUCUCCCCUCCCCCCUCUCCCCGGGCGGCUCCGGCUCCCGCAGCGGGACAGACCCACCCGCCCAGGCUUUUAUCCGGCACCGGCAGCGUCCUCUUUCCCUCCCUGGUCUAUGGUGGCGGCGGCUCCUCGGGCGGCAGCGGAAGACGAGGCUGCGGCGUUGCCAUGAACAGUGGCGGCGGCCUCCCGCCCCCCUCGGCCGCCGCCUCCUCUUCCUCCUCCUCGCUGGCGGCGGCAGUGGCGGUGGUGGCCCCGCCGGGGGUCGGGGGUGUCCCCGGCGGGGCGGCGGCGGGAGUGAAGCUGAAGUACUGCCGCUACUACGCUAAGGAUAAGACUUGCUUCUACGGGGAGGAGUGUCAGUUCCUGCAUGAGGACCCGGCCGCUGGAGCUGCCCCGGGCCUCGGCCUCCAUAGCAACAGCGUCCCCCUGGCCCUGGCGGGCGCGCCGGUGGCCGGCUUUCCCCCCGGAGCGGUCCCGGGCGGGGGAGCCGGGCCGCCCCCGGGGCCCAAGAAGACGGACCUGGGAGGUCCGGGGGCUGGAGCCGCAGCCGGCGGAGCGGGCAGCAGCGGGAUACUCGAUGGACCGCGGCUGGCAAUUCCUGGAAUAGAUGGAGGUGCUUUAACUGAUACGAGUCUCACAGAUUCCUAUUUCAGCAGCAGCUUUAUUGGAGUCAAUGGGUUUGGAAGUCCUGUAGAAACGAAGUAUCCCUUGAUGCAGAGAAUGACUAAUAGUAGCAGCUCCCCAAGCCUUCUAAAUGACAGUGCCAAGCCAUAUGCAGGCCAUGAUCCUCUAACAUCACCUGCUUCAUCCUUGUUUAAUGACUUUGGUGCCCUCAACAUCUCUCAGAGAAGAAAGCCAAGGAAGUACCGCCUGGGGAUGCUGGAGGAGAGGCUAGUUCCGAUGGGAUCAAAGGCACGAAAAGCAAAGAACCCUAUUGGCUGCCUUGCCGACAGGUGUAAAUCAGGAGUACCCAUCAAUAUGGUUUGGUGGAACAGAGUCACAGAAAACAAUUUACAGACACCAAAUCCUACCGCAAGCGAGUUUAUUCCUAAAGGAGGAUCAACCUCCAGGCUGAGUAACGUGUCCCAGUCAAAUAUGUCUGCCUUCUCUCAAGUGUUCUCUCACCCAUCCAUGGGAAGCCCUGCUGCCGCUGGAUUAGCACCAGGAAUGUCAUUGUCUGCUGGGUCUUCCCCUCUUCAUUCCCCCAAGAUCACUCCACAUACGUCUCCUGCUCCCAGAAGAAGAAGUCACACUCCAAAUCCAGCAAAUUACAUGGUGCCUUCUAGUGCCUCUACACCUGUUAAUAACCCUGUGUCUCAGACCCAAGCCUCUGGUCAGGUGAUCCAAAAGGAAACUGUCGGUGGGACAACGUACUUCUAUACAGACACAACUCCAGCCCCUUUGACUGGAAUGAGAUCUUUCAAAAGUUAUCACAGAACAGCUUGCCGAACAGAAGGUCAAAUAAUUGAGGUAUUUCCAAACUAUCAUAUUUAUCCUCCCACUGCACCUCACGUUGCUUAUAUGCAACCAAAAGCAAAUGCACCUUCCUUCUUCAUGGCUGAUGAGCUCCGACAGGAGCUGAUUAACAGACAUUUAAUAACAAUGGCUCAAAUUGAUCAAGCAGAUAUGCCAGCAGUCCCUACAGAAGUUGACAGCUACCAUAGCCUAUUCCCUCUAGAACCACUGCCACCGCCCAACCGGAUACAGAAAUCCAGUAAUUUUGGAUACAUUACAUCUUGCUACAAAGCUGUAAAUAGCAAAGAUGAUCUGCCAUAUUGCCUUCGGAGGAUACAUGGUUUUCGUCUUGUUAACACAAAGUGCAUGGUGUUGGUCGAUAUGUGGAAAAAAAUUCAGCACUCAAAUAUUGUAACGUUGCGUGAGGUAUUUACCACUAAAGCGUUUGCAGAGCCUUCUCUUGUGUUUGCAUAUGAUUUCCAUGCUGGAGGAGAGACUAUGAUGAGCAGACACUUUAAUGACCCUAAUGCUGAUGCCUAUUUCACAAAGAGAAAGUGGGGUCAACACGAUGGACCAUUGCCCAGACAGCAUGCCGGAUUGUUGCCAGAAUCUCUUAUUUGGGCAUAUAUUGUCCAACUCAGUUCUGCAUUGCGUACCAUUCAUACAGCAGGUUUGGCAUGUCGCGUUAUGGACCCAACAAAGAUUUUGAUAACUGGCAAGACAAGGUUGCGAGUAAAUUGUGUGGGAGUAUUUGAUGUUUUAACAUUUGAUAACAGUCAGAAUAAUAAUCCAUUGGCAUUAAUGGCUCAAUACCAGCAAGCAGAUCUGAUAUCAUUAGGAAAAGUUGUGUUGGCUUUGGCUUGCAACUCUUUAGCAGGAAUUCAGCGAGAGAAUUUACAGAAAGCCAUGGAACUGGUGACAAUCAACUACUCCUCUGACCUGAAGAAUCUGAUUUUGUAUCUGUUGACUGACCAAAACAGGAUGCGAAGUGUAAAUGACAUCAUGCCCAUGAUCGGUGCUCGAUUUUAUACUCAAUUGGAUGCUGCUCAAAUGAGAAAUGAUGUCAUCGAGGAAGACCUUGCAAAGGAGGUUCAAAAUGGAAGACUGUUUAGGCUUCUAGCAAAAUUGGGAACAAUCAAUGAGAGGCCGGAGUUUCAGAAGGAUCCUACCUGGUCAGAGACUGGAGACCGUUAUCUGUUGAAACUCUUUAGGGAUCAUCUUUUUCAUCAGGUGACAGAAGCGGGUGCUCCUUGGAUCGACCUCAGUCAUAUCAUUUCUUGUCUUAACAAGUUAGAUGCUGGUGUGCCAGAAAAAAUAAGCCUCAUUUCCAGAGACGAGAAGAGCGUCCUUGUGGUGACGUACAGUGACUUAAAGCGCUGCUUUGAAAAUACUUUUCAGGAACUGAUUGCAGCUGCCAAUGGUCAGUUGUAGUAUUUGCUAGCAGAGCAGGCGGGACGUGGCCGAGGAGCGGAACCAAUAGCGAAUUGCACUACAGCUGAACUGUGUUCAUCAUCUCAUUUCACAUUUGGGAAACAAACAGGAGAUGAGCCAAGCUGCUUGCACUUCAGUCAGGUACACUGUUACUUGAAAGGAAGAAUGUUUCACUCAUCCUAGAGCUGUGGCUGCCAGUGGGCCCAGAUCUGUGAAGAAUUUCUUUUAGAUUAAGGAGCACCAUUGGGUGAAUGAUGUUCCAGCUUCUGUUUUUUCCACCUGUAUAUGCACUAAUUUUAAUUUUUUAAAGACUUUUUUCUGAUCCUUGAACUUCUGCCACAUUGUAUACUUACUGAGGGACUCUUUGCAAGGACGUUUUGGGGAAACAAUGCCGGGCAGCAUUUCCUUCACUAAGGGUCGCAGAAUUUGCUCUUUGGUGGGUGGGUUGCCCUGAAUGAAGUCAUGGACCAGCUAAAUAACUUCAUAGAAGUACAGUCUAGCGCUGAAUUCUUACAAGUCUCGUAUGCAAGCUCUGUAUGCCACCCACUGUUCAUGCAGAUUGAGGCUUGGAGUGUUUUGUUUUGAAGAACACAAAGAGAAAUACCCGUGAAUUGUUGGCUCUAAAGUCCCCCUUACUUGAUUUAAAUCCUUUCUGAAUAAGGAUUGGAGAAACUGAAGGAGCACAGAGAGUGCUUUGCUCCACAUUCAGCCAGAGUCUCUUCACCAAGGUGUUUCCCUGCUAGUCAGAGACGUUGACAUUUAUGCCAUUUUUUUUUUUAACCAGAAAAAGAAUUAAGAGAUUGUGUUAACGACCUGAGUUCAGGAGUAGAUCGCUUUAGCUACUUUCCGGUUUGCUUUUUUGUAUGAAGUUCUGUUCUUCGAACCACAGCUUUAUUAUGGUACUUGACACUGGAUACAGACACAGACACUGUUCAGAAGAUGAACUAAACACAGCAGUGGUCUGGCAUCAAGAGCUUUCGCAAGUUUGACAGCCUGAGUCUGGAGGGAUAACGAUCUGCUGUGCCUUUGCAGUCACUGCUUAGCCCAAAGUAAUAGUACUUUUGAUAAUAACUAUGUGGGAUAUUCCUGAGUAAGUCAAUCUCAAAAGUUUGGAAUUUUCCUCCUCUUAACUUUCUUAAUAUUUGGACGUGCAGUUGUCGCCAAACUUGGGUAUUCGUGGAAUUUCUAGUUAAUGAAAUACCUAUACUUUGAUACUGAAGACUGCCAAAUACAUAGGGAUUUUCUUUCUUAAAAAACAGUAAUGAAGACAAGAUCUCCUUCCCCAGCACUGAAUGUUUUACCAGCUCCGGGUGCUUACCGUGCAGCUACGAAGAAAACGUGGGAACUCAGAAGGUCAGGAAAGAUUUCCAAGCACUUGUAACUGAUGUUACAGUCUUCAAUUUUAAUAAUUACAUGUAUUUGUAGUUUUCAGAGAAGUUUUUAAUAUUUCUCUGUCCACUUUUUAUAAGCUUUAAAAUAAUUUUCUCUGCCUUGAGAUUUGCAUCAAGAAAAAGCACCUCUUUACCUAAAAGCUUUGAAGACUAGGACACGCUUUCCAUGUCUUAACAGGUGUGUUUGAGUCCACGUGUGGUAGCAUCAGCUAUGGAGUGAAAAAGAAAAUCAAUUACUGCAUUUGAUCUGGAUGGAUUUUAAAAGAACAUGGUGUUCCAUAGUCCGAGGAUGAUUUAACGUCUGCCACCACGAUGUUCUUUUUAUGUAAAAGGAACAAGAGUUAGAGACAUUAACAUGCAAAAGUCUUUUAUCAUUAGCUCAUGUAUUUGAGGAAGAGCAGCUGUCUUUUUAUAUGUUUUUUGACAAAUCAUAUUGUAAUUCUUUUGUACAAAAAAGAACUACUUGUAUUCUAGAAGAAAUAUGAAAUGCUUAAUUUAUAAGCGGGCUGGAGAUUUUUUCCAAUAUUGUUUUCUUUGAAAAUGAAAGGGGAUCAUCUAUUUUAGUUUUGGGGUCUGGGAACUUUUUGAAAAUUUAAUUUGUGGACCAAUGUUUUGUGAAAGCUAAGGAAGGGCAGGGGUAAAAUAGGGCUUGAAUUUCUCAUUCUGUGUAGACCAGCAAACUUCCCUCUGCAAGGCAGGUUCAAAUCACAAACUCAAGAAUGUUUGCAUCAUAAAUGCUAGUUUGCUUCAGCCCCUAGUAACCUCAGGACUUGCUUUGAAUAUAAAAGGUAGACAGCUGAUACGUUGUCAUGAGUAAAUAUUGUCAGCCAGAAAACAGUUGGUGUCAGGUAAUACAUAUUUUUUUAAACUUUGUUUUAUAUUUAUUUUUCAUUUAGUUUUUAUUGGGAAUGGUUUUCCAUAGAACUCUUAGUUCUGCUUAGGUGUUUUUUGGGGGAGCCCUCUUUUCCAUAGUGUAAUUCCAUUUAAGAGGUUGUCUAAAAGUUAGUCUUUUUAAUUCGUAGGAAGAUUUUAAUAUCUGAGAAUAGUCAAAUUAAGGAUAAACUUCCCAUACUUUCCUGGUAUGACAGAUAAAAGCACAGAAAGGACAACCCUUGAAAUCAUGUGGCAUUGGUCAUUUCAAUUUUUUGUACCUAUUUUAAAUUCUGUUAGUGUAUUUACUUCAUUGUAAAUAUUUUUGAGGGUACCUUUGUAUUUUGCUUUUGACCUUGGUUCUGUGAUUUGGAUGUCAACAACUUCCCUAAAAAACACCAGUAUAAGUUCUAAUGUCAUGAUCCCAAUAUGGGUUAUUCAUCUUUAAUCCUGUUUUCAGUCUCUAUGUGUACAGCAGUAUUUUUAAUAAAGAAUUACAGAGA